AUGGACCUGAUCACCGGCCUGACGCACCCCACGGUGCCAGCCUUUCCCAGCUAUGCGAGAGGCUGUCGCUCGUCCCAGACCAACUCCGACCAGGCCCCCGGUCCCAGGCUCUACGAUCAUGCCUCGCAACAGGCCCGACCGUCACCGAGGGCGUACAACCCUUACCAGACCAGUCAUCCCCCUUCGCAGUGGAACAGCGCCUACCACCGAAUCGUCACGAACCUGCCUCCCUCCUACAUGGCCGACAACUCGGAGCACUCGCUCAGGAGGAAGACCCCCAACGGCACAAUCGACAACGGUUACGACGGCACACCCACCCAGCUGGCUGCUGGCCCGCCACCCCAGAAGUAUCUCAACCUGGCUCCUGGCGGCGAGAUAUUCCCAACCGCGAACUCUGGUCACCGUCUGUCAGCCGGCGGUAGCUCCUGGUGGUACCCCUCCCAGCCCGUCAGGGGCAGCCUCGAUGAGCCCAGUCCCAUCUCUCGUUCGACCCCGAUAGGCGCCAGCUUCGGUCAGGGCAGCUUGGGAUACAGCCCGGCUCAUGGCUCGUUGCUUCCAUCACCAUCUGCGCAGCUGCAUCCCAUGAAUCUGACCCCGGUCCUGCGCAACGCCUAUGGAAAUACAUACCCGAACCAACCCACACCCAGCCCUUCAAGCUUCUCGCCUGCUGGCUUCAACCCAGCUCCGGUCUGGGGUGACGGCCCUUUCGCGAGCUUCCAUCCAAGCUUACAACAGAUGUCUUCAACAGGAUACCCACCCCAUAAUAUCCCAUACGAAAGCGGUUUCGUCGCUGUUCAGGCACCGCUGCUGCAGGGCGGCCUGGGCAUGGUGCCUUUCAAUGCUCACAAUCUCCCCCUGCAGAUGCAGACCCCUCCAUACAUGCUUGACGAUGGCUAUUCACGGCAUGGUCAACUCCCAUCUAUGGUUCAGCCCUCACAUCGAGGUCUACAGAGCAUGUCGAUCGGCCCAGCGUCACCUGCGACAUGCGGUGCUCCGUCGCAAAUGCAAUUCAAAGAGGGAGUCCUGGCCACCGGACACAAGGCGUACACCGAUCUCAUCCACCACCUGAACAGGGUGAAAAAGGGACAACACGGCAAGACGAACUCGAGAUCCCAGAAAAACAUGAUAUUCCCAAGGCCCCCCAAGCAGGUCGUUGCGCGGCCCACUCCACAUCUGCAGAGGGCUCACCAGACGUUCCCGGGCGCCGGGGCUCCCUUCCCCCAUCGUGCCCUUCAACAGCCGCUCAAUACGCCAAGCGCCAUGAACCGCAUGGUCCGAGCCUCGGACAUGCUUCCUUCAGCCAGGCUCGAUGCGAAUGGGCGGUCCAUCAGCACUCAUCCUGCGAUGAUGGGCGACGUCUACGGGAAUGUGCUUGUCCAGAAAUACCCCACCGAGAACGCCAGGGCUUCACUGGAAAUCCUUCACAAUCUUUGCGAACAGUCCGAAUGGAACUGGGUCGACGGCAUGCUUCUGGGAGGCUGCCUGCAUUAUGCUUUGGAGAAAUAUGAGGAGGCUUUGGAGUGGUUCAAGAGGAUCAUCGAUCUGAACGCGAACCACGUGGAAGCGAUAUCGAAUAUUGCGGCGACUUUGUACUGCCUGAGCCGGCAAGAUGAGGCUGAGAGGCAGUGGCAAAGGGCCAUCGAACUACGGCCAGAUUACCUGGAGGCAUUAGAACACCUUGUUGGUUUGCUAUGCUCGACUCACCGCAACAAGCAGGCCGUGGAUAUCAUCGAGCACGUACAACAAAAACUGCGCCUCUCAUCGCACGAUCUGCAUCAGAACAAACUGAAGAAGGGCAUAGGUACAGCAACGUCGACCUCGAAUGGCGUGGUUAACCCCGAUGAAGCGCUCAUAGACGCUGCUCAGGGUGUCCGCAAACUUUCGGUCUCGGGUGAAAUGCAGGAUGACUGGGGCUCCAGUGGUUACAGGAUUCCAGCAAGCGAGAACUGGCGAAUCUUGACUCUCGUGCAUGCCAAGGGCAACAUGCUCUACGCUCUGAAACUCAUCGACCGCGCCUCUGAGGCCUUCGAGGAAGCGGUUUUGAUCAGCGCCGGGCGUCACAUUGGUGGCAUUCAGAACUUGAUCAAAAGAAUCCAGUUGGUGCUCUCACCCAGAGCGAUCGGGCCACAACAACUAGACGCGAAGAGCUUGUCUGCGCCGCUUCUCUUGCCGCCAGAUAGGGCCAAGCGCACCGCCGAGUUGGUCUUCGCAUCGAGUGGCGGUCAAUUACCCGGUCUGCGAUACGUACCCGAUGGCAAGCACAAGCACAACGCCAUCUCGACGACAAGCAACUCUCUGCUCUCUCUGGCAAAAAUAUUCCAGGAUGCGAUGUCUGCAGGUGGGUCGAGCCCAGGGCCAGUGGCACAACCACGCGGUGUGGGCGACAUUCUCGCGCUGUACUACUUGUCUCUGGCGCUCCAGGAGAGUCCAUCUACUGCCAACAAUGUGGGCAUCCUGCUUGCGAGUGUCCAACAGUCUGCCUCACAGUCGCCUUCGAUCUCGACACAGUACGCCGCUCGCAUACCAGGCAUUGUUCCUGGAAGCGGAUUGGAACUUGCUCUGGCCUACUAUCAGUACGGCCUGCUGCUGGACCCAAAACACGUCCACCUCCACACAAACCUGGGUAGCUUGCUGAAGGAUAUUGGCCAACUCGACUUCGCCAUUCAAAUGUACCAGAAGGCGGUUGAGUGUGACAAUAAUUUCGACAUUGCUCUGACAAACCUAGCAAAUGCCGUCAAGGACCGGGGUCGCAUCGAAGAAGCCAUCAAAUACUACAGACGUGCUGUUGACUCGAAUCCCGAAUUUGCCGAGGCCGUGUGCGGGCUGUCGACAGCCCUGAACUCGGUGUGCGACUGGAAAGGGCGCGGUGGAGUAUUGCUCAGUGGCGGAAAAUUCGACAGGUGGCACGUGGGUGAGGACGGUAUGAUCAUCGAUGUAAAAGAGACGCGGCAGGGUUCCGGUUUGAUGAAGAAGGUCGUCGACAUCGUUGCCCGUCAGCUCAAGGAAGCCUCCGCCUGGGGUUCUGGAGCCCUCACCGCCGGCGUGAUUGCCUCCAUCGUGUCUCAACUGGACCCGGCUCGUGCUCCUCAGGCCGAUUCAAAUCUCCAUCUGGAUUCUGAGCUGCGCUAUUGGGCAGGCAAACCGUGGGAAGGCUCUCGUCUACUGCGCCUCAUCGAACGAUCAACCAGGGCAACCAUGCGGAACUGGUACCUGGACAAGUACGAGCGUGGACAGGAGUCCCCGCAUGGUUACCCCCGAACUCGGCCUCCAAGCAACCUCACGGUUCCGUCCGCCCCGACUGUGCUACCAUUCCACACCUUCACUUGCCCUCUGACGGCCAAGGACGUGCGCAGGAUUUCUCAACGGAAUGCGCUUCGAAUAUCAUGCUCCACGUUACGAUCCCCAUGGCUCCCACCCUCAGUUUAUCGGCCCCCGAAACCUCCGAAUCCGUGCUUGAACAUUGGAUACGUCUCAUCCGAUUUCAAUAACCAUCCUCUAGCUCAUCUCAUGCAGUCUGUCUUCGGUUUCCAUGAUCAAACUCGUGCGAAAGCAUUCUGCUACGCGACAACCGCCAGUGACGGAUCAUCGCAUCGCCAACAAAUCGAAAGAGAGGCUCCCGUAUUCCGUGAUGUUAGCAGCUGGUCGUCCGACAAGGUGAUUGAGCGAAUCGUCGAAGACGGUAUUCACAUUCUUGUCAACCUGAACGGGUACACUAGGGGUGCCCGGAACGAGAUAUUUGCGGCGCGCCCCGCUCCCAUACAAAUGUCUUUCAUGGGCUUUGCUGGUACCCUUGGGGCUGAAUGGUGCGACUAUCUUCUGGCAGACACUACCGCGAUCCCUCCUGAGACCCUUAGGCCGUGGAGGGGGAACCUCACACUCACAGACGUAUUCCGUGACGACGCCGAAGGCGAUGCCGAGAACUGGGUGUACUCCGAGAACAUCAUAUUCUGCAGGGACACGUUCUUCUGCUGUGACCACAGACAAUCCGCAGAUGCUGCCGAGCGAACAGUGACCUGGGAAGAAGAGCAACGGCGAAGGUGGAAAAUGCGCAAGGAGAUCUUCCCCGACCUCGCGGAUGACAUGAUCAUCCUGGGCAACUUCAAUCAACUAUACAAGAUCGAUCCGACCACCUUCCGCACGUGGCUCAGGAUCCUCGCCAACACGCCCAAGGCCAUCCUCUGGCUACUCAAGUUCCCCGAGCUCGGCGAGCGGGCGCUCAAGGAGACGGCCGAGCAGUGGGCGGGCGCCGAGGUCGCCAGCCGCAUACGGUUCACGGACGUGGCGCCCAAGCAGAUGCACAUCUCGCGCGCGCGCGUGUGCGACCUGUUCCUCGACACGCCCGAGUGCAACGCGCACACGACGGCCGCCGACGUCCUGUGGUCCAGCACGCCGCUGCUGACGCUGCCGCGGUACGACUACAAGAUGUGCUCGCGCAUGGCGGCGUCGAUCCUCAAGGGCGCGCUGCCGCGGACGGCGGCGGGCGACCGGGCCGCCUUGGAGCUGGUCGCCGAGGACGACGACGACUACGAGAGGAAGGCCAUCCGGCUGGCCAACGGCAUCUCGUACCGCAGCGGCGCGGGCACGGGCACCGGCGAGUACGGGGUCGCCGAGGGCCGCCUCUGGGAGCUGCGGCGGCUGCUGUUCGAGAGCAAGUGGAGCUGCGCGCUGUUCAACACCCGCCGCUGGGUGGCUGACCUCGAGGAGGCGUAUGAUGAGGCCUGGCGGCGGUGGGUCGCGGGCGUUGAUGGGGAUAUUUACCUGUGA